AACAGGGAAAGGAAAAAUAAUUUGUCAAAUAAAAAAAAAAAGAAGAGUCUGGGUGGUGCAGUGGAGGAACACCCAAUUUCCCACUCGUUUUCGCAGAUUCCAUUCUGCUUCCCAUUCCCAUUAAAAAUUAUCACACCAAACAAAACAAGCUCUCUCACCUCACUCCCCCUAAAUUCUCCACUUUCUCUCUACCAGUCUUGACCCACAUAAACCGUAAAACUUUUCACAACGCCGAUUCCAUAAGCUCUCAGAGAGAUACAUACAUACGAAGGCGGUGGACAUGGCGAUGACCCAUACCUCGGUGGGUUUAUGUCGUCCCGCAGUUUUGAAGGCUGGCUUGGCAGUUAUCGCCAUGUGCAUAGCUGGCUACAUUCUGGGUCCUCCCCUUUACUGGCAUUUCAUGGAAGGCUUGGCCGCCGUUAGCCGCUCUUCUUCUUCUUGCCCUUCUUGCGUCUGCGAUUGCUCUUCUCAGCCUAUCCUCUCUAUCCCGCUUGGAUUGAGCAACACCUCAUUUGCAGAUUGUGCAAAGCAUGACCCAGAAGUGAGUGAAGACACUGAGAAGAACUUUGCAGAGUUAUUGGCAGAGGAACUGAAGAUACGGGAAGCUGAAGCUUUGGAGAAUCAGAGACGUGCAGACAUGGCUCUGCUAGAGGCUAAGAAAGUCACAUCCCAGUACCUAAAGGAAGCAGAUAAGUGCAAUUCAGGGAUGGAAACAUGCGAAGAAGCAAGGGAGAAAUCCGAAACAGCAUUAGCUGCACAAAAGAGACUAACAGCACUGUGGGAAUCCAGGGCUCGUCAGAAAGGAUGGAAAGAAGGAGUUGCCAAGUCUCAUGUUCAGACGCAAGGGAAUCUCCAGACAGUUUAAAAGGAUGCAUCAUUACGUUUACAGAACAGCCGAAGGCUAUUGUUCUGAAUCAUGGUCAUUGCCGUCGAUCUUAGCGAUGUCACUAUAUCAUGAAUAUGAUUUCCCUCUUCGCCCACUUAGAGUUAUUUGUUAUCAUCAAUAGUUAUAGGUAUAGAAACCCUUGUUAUCAUUAUCUAGCCUUUUAAAAGCAGUCAAGUUUUGCAAGAACACCUGCUCUUCUCAUUUCUCAACAUUCUAUUUGAAAAUCCUACUUGUAAGAGUGAGAAAAUAGACAUUAUUGGUUAGUGUGAAAAUGUAAUAUUUAUUACUGAAUUCCUUGGCCUUGCUAUUUGGCAUCACCAUGGUUUUUGGUAUUAGCAUUUUUGAAUGUGUUGAUGUUUUUACAGAACUUUUUAUAAUGAAAUUGUUGUUCUUCA